UUGAAAUUUGUUUUGUCGAAAAUCUCUCCGUGUUUUAUCAGCUAAAAUUGCACAGAAAUUAGGAUAUUAGGAUUGGAUGUUUUUUCUAAAGACAUUCAAUGCGACUCUAAGGAGUUGCCAUCAAACAUGACUGAGAGAAAAGCAGCGAGGUCUCGCCUAGCACAAGAACACUCAUCUAAACUGUUGGCCCGUUUACAACAUCUGCGCAAACAGACUCGCAUGUGUGACGGAGUCUUGAGUGUUGAUGGACGUCAGUUCCACAUUCAUCGAGUGGUUGUCUGUGCUUCAAGUCAGUACUUUGAAGUACUACUCAGUGGUGGAAUGGCAGAGAGUUAUUCUAGUACUGUGGAAAUCCAUGGAGUAGACGGAGAUGUCUUCAGUCUCAUCAUAGACUUCAUUUAUACAGGAUACAUCGAUGUUAACGAAGGCAAUGUUCAGCAGUUGUUGCCUGCUGCAAAAAUGCUACAGUUAGAUGAUAUAGAACGAUGUUGUUGUGAGUUUUUACAUCGUGAACUAGACCCUUCGAAUUGUGUUGGGAUUUUCCUUUUCGCUGAGACCCAUUCUUGUACUGAGCUAAGAAAGUCCGCUCUAGAUUAUGUUCACAGAAAUUUUUUGUUAGUAUCAAAGCAAGAAGAAUUUUUGCAACUUGGCCAAGAGCCUGUGCUACAGCUGAUUGAUUCUGAACAUCUGAAGGUUGACACAGAGAGCCAUGUGUUUGAAGCAGCAAUGGAUUGGGUCUUGUAUGACAUCCCCAAGAGAAGAGAAUGUUUGGGAAAAAUCCUUGAACGUAUACGUCUACCACUGAUGUCAGAGAAUUACAUAAAAUACUAUAUUAACUCAUGCAAAAAUGCCAGUUUAAAACGCAUGCUGGAGAACAUCUUACAGAGCUAUCGAUCCUACCAAAUUAUUGCACGUAAUACUUUAAAAAAUCCAUUACAACCUCGUAAAGCUUCACGUAAAUGUUUUUACAUUGUUGGAGGUUACAGCCGUAGUGUUGGUGCACGAUGGAGUGACAGAUCAUCUUUGUCUAUCUGUGAAAAAUUUGAUUCAUUUUCUCACAAGUGUGAGGUUUGCUCAAUUGCUCCUCUUGAAAUACCAAGAUGUAAUCUAGGAGUUACUGCACUUAAUGGACUGGUAUAUGCCGUUGGUGGAGAGGAUGACUCUCUUUUACUUUUUGAUUCAACAGAAUGUUUUGAUCCAGCAUUGAAUACCUGGAGUACUGUAGCAUCAAUGAAUGCUCCUCGUGUUGGUUUUGGAGUAUGCAUUGUUGAUAACUGCAUCUAUGUGAUUGGUGGGUUAAUUGGUGGCUGGGGUGGGACAGAAGUUGCUGGAAAUAUUGAAAAGUAUGACCCUGAAGAAAAUCAAUGGUCUAUAGCUGGUAGUAUGGGAACAAAACGUUUCCACCUUGGGGUUGAAGAAUUGAAUGGACUUAUAUAUGCCAUUGGAGGUAUUAGUGAGCAUGCAGAAGAGUUGAGGGUAGCUGAAUCCUAUGAUCCAGUACGAGACAAAUGGACUAGACUUCCAGAUAUCAAGACUGCACGUGCUCACAUGGGUGUGGCUUCAUUAGGAAAUGCUAUAUAUGUUAUAGGGGGCUCUACUGAAAAUGGACAUAGUGUUUUAGAUAGUGUCGAGAGAUAUGACCCUGAGCAUAACGAAUGGACUGAGGUUGCACCAUUACCAUCACCAAGAGCUGGACUAUCAGCUGCUGUUGAUAUGAAGGUUGUAUAUGCUGUUGGUGGUAUAUCAGCUAAAAAAGAAUACUCAGCGCCUAGUACUCUAACAGCUAUUGAUGCAUAUGACCCAGCAACCAACAAAUGGUCCCGUGUAACCAACCUGAAUACCAGUCGUUGUGAGUUUGGUAUUGGUGUAUUAUAAGAUCAAAUGACUUGUUCUAUUUACAUAGCCAUGCUCUAUGGAAUUACUGUCUUUCUCAAUACCGUGUGUCAAAUCAUACCAUUUUAGGUUUCACCAAAAUAGGGUUUUGAUAGAUCGCGAUCAAGUUUUCAUGACAGUAAUGGCACGUGGCUAUCAAAUGUCAUAGAAACACUAAAUCAAUUGUCAUCGACCAAAACCUAUUUCAUUGUGACUACAAUAUGCUUCUUUAGCAUAGACUUCUUUAGCUUGGGCAUAAUGCUUUCCCAUUUGUCAUUCCCUUGAGUAUCAUUUCUUUGUUUAACAGUUGUGCAUGAGGAGACACAUAAAUAUGAAUACAAAAAAUCUCAAACAAAGAACAUUAUCUCUAAGGAAUGACAUAUAGUCUGAAAUUGGAAAACAUAAAUGGCUAAGCUAAAGAGGCAUGCUAUAUUCCAGGCAUGCUAUAAGGAGCAACUGUAACAUAAAAUCUGCGAGAAAUCUCUUUCUACCCUUGGUACAAACACUACUUUCUUUGACUUCACUGUGAUAUUUCCUAAGCAAAGAAAGUUGCACAUGUGUGCUAAUGAGAUAACAAGGUUGUAAUGUUUUCAUUCAUCAUUCUUCUGAAAUUGAGGUUUUUUUGUUCCUGUUUCAUAUAGUGCUCAGCAUAUAUACCUGUAUUAAUUAUUUCCAGUAAAAAAAGUAAUAAAACUCA